AUGUCCGCGGAUCUGAAAGCUGAGGAGGGACGACAGCUCCCCCCGGUGCCCUCCCUGGAGCCUCUGCUCGACUGCGCCUCCACUUCCGACCACGGCCGUCUCGAUCGCUCCCUCCGCCGUCUGGAGCUGUUUCUCUCCCUCCUUGGAUUUCAUCAGUCCUCUUCCGUCAUCAGCCUCCUCUUGUGUUUCUCCGUCUUCCUCCUGCUCGGUGUGGCGGUCCCGGUUGCUUCGGUUUAUCUUGCUGGCUGUUUGGAGCGCAGAUGCGAGGUCUAUGAGGUCGGGAUGUUCGAGCUGUUUGUGGUCGCUUCGGAGGUGUCGCUCGCUGUGGUUUCCCUAGCCUGCGUCUCCGUCAACCUCCGCAAGUAUGGCGUGAGGAGGUUCCUCUUCGUGGAUCACGAUCACGGGCUGUUGGAGAAGUUCCGGGAUCAGUACUCGGAAAAGAUCCAGGUUGGGAGUUCAGUAAACUCGCUCUAGAAAAAUAAAUGGUCCGGAAUGUAUUUAUUAUCUCGAAAAUUUUCGUAAUGAUUCAUCCACGAUAAAUCGUUCUCGACAUAUAUUUUUGUAUUAGUUGUGUGACUUCGACGAGUGGUAUAUAUUAAUUGGAGAUUUUUUUUGUAAGAUAGCUCUUUAUACCAAGGGAAAUAAUCUCACGCCUGUGAAGAUUGGUAGCCAAACAUACCGCUUGCGAAACUGUCAUUUUCUGGGAAUCAGUUUAGAUUAUUUCUGUCUAAAUUUGGGUGAAGGACUUAAGUGGUUAUAUAUGGAAUUUAAAGGGAAAAGUGAUAUCGGUAUUGCAAUUUGUGCGAACUCUCUCGAUUAUGGGGAUCAAAUUUUGUGUCUAGCAUGUGCAUCCCAGUGGCUUAGUUUGAAAUAGAAUGAUGGCUUAUCAGCUUUGGAAGAGGUAAGUGGCGAUAAAACAUAGCCAUUUUACCAUAUACCAUGAUACUGUGUCACUCUGUCGAAACCAACCCACCAAAAAGAUGAGUUCAUCUUCUUUCUUAUCACCUAAGUGCUGGCACACAUCCCAUACGAAUAUAUAUGGUGGCACCAGCUAUUUUCUUGCAAUCAUGGAAGGAAAUGGCGUCUGAGCUUUUAUCUUCAGCUAUUUUUCAGGGUCUUCACGUCAAGAUUAACCAGAAAUAUUUGGUUAAAAUUUUAAAAUUAUCAUUCGGGUUACACCGAUUUUCCUGAUUUCAGAUUCUCUUAUUGGACCUAUUUUCGGACAAAUAUUUCCAGUCUUGCUUUUGUGCUUCUCUUAGGAUCACACAUGCUGAUAUUUUUAUUUUAUGCCUUAUAUCAAGCUAGACAUCUCAUGUGUUGAUUCAUGUUGAAUAAUAAUUAGAUGCAGGUCAGCUCAGUAGAAAAAGCUGAUUAUAUCUAUCAUGUAUCCAGUAGGAUUGCAGUACUUAGAAUUGGAUUCCGGAUUUUAAUCGAUUGGUGGAUUUGGUUCGAUUUUUAUUUUUUUUGUCAUCAUUGCCGUUAUUGUCAUCUGACCUGGCACACAGAACUGGAUGGAGAGGUGAGAGAUGUCAACAUCUGAUGUUUAAUUAUGCCAACUUAUUUAUCGCCUGCUUAUCUAUUUAUCGUGGGUUGUGGGGUGAAGUAGCAUGAUUAGGAGACGGGAUGCCAGUUUUUUAAUCAAGUCAUUUUUUUUAUGGCUAAGAGUCACAGAUCAGCUUGUCUCGUAGUUAACCUUGCCUUUUUGCUGUUGUUGAUGCUUUAUGAAACUCUAUGACCAGGUGAUUCAUGAGGCUUGAGAGAAUACGAGAAUAUUUUGAGCUUUCUGUUGUCUAAAAGCCAUAGCUAUAAAUUUUAUACGGUUUUUCACCUUUGUAAGUGGGCACGUACUGGAAUAAGUUUUCAGGCCUUUUCACACGUUGUUAUGUUACUGAACCUUACUUUCAAAUUUUAUUACCUAUGUAUUUCAGACUUAAAAUACGUGUUGGUAUUUUAUGGGAUUUCCGGUGGUAUAUCCAUAUUUAUUCAUGAGUCUUCUCUGCAGACUUUUCUCACCAUGAGAUUUCUUAAGCAUUUUGGAAGAAAAAGUUCCCCACCUUCUAAUCUUUCCCAUCAAUAUACUAUGACAUUAUUUUCGCAUUUAAUUCCACUAGUCAAAGGAUCCUUUCCACAUUUUGUAAUUUUGUCAAAAAAAUCCAAGGAUCAGAAAUAUUUUCGAAAAUGUUUCUAAAUAUAUUAAAAAUACUUGAAGCGAAGUAAGUGUCUUCUUCAUUCUUUUAUGAUUUUUCUCGUGCAUUGGACUUACUUUUCUGGUGGAAUAGGCUGGAGUAUUCAUCAUUAUAACGUAAAUCGUUGCUUUUUCCGUGUGAUAUAUCAUAAUUACCCUUCUAUAACCUGCAAUGAGCUUAUUAUGGUUGAAUAGCUUCGAGAAUAGUAUCAACUAGAUGGUGUUCAAAAUCCUUCUGUUGACCAUUAAAACUUUUUUAAAUAGCAAUAGAUACGAUACAGAGCCUAGAAGUCGAAUUGCCCUGAUCCUUUUUUAGUCAUUUUUGUUGCUGAAUGAUGUAACUUAUGAUGCUUUGCUUUUCCAAAGCCUUUACUUCUCUAUAUCGUGUCAAAAUUUCAGUCAUAACAUGUUUCCUUUCUAGAAAUUCCUCCCUGGGCGAUUUUAGUUUCCAAGUUUUAGAGCACCGUACAGACAUUAAAACUACAUUCUGGUCAAACCAUUACAUUAAGAUAACCAAACUCCAGCUCGGGGGCAAACAAAUCCUCUAAGGUAAAAAGAAAUAAAAAUACCAUAAAUAUAAGAACAGGUCCAUGCCCUUCUUAUUAUGAAGCAUAGAUUCUUUGAUUAGUUGGUCUCAUUGGACGUUAACAUUUUCAAUAUGAUAAUUGCACUGGUACGGUACGCAGCAAUAGUUUUCUGCCGUUAUUUUUUGACAUUUUUCUUCUGUCUUCUAAUCCAAGAUUGGUGUUUACAAGUUUCGAGUACCUCAUUACUGGUACACUACAUUGAUAGUAUAGGUAUAUCGAAAUAAAUGAUGAAGGUCUAGAAAGAGAAACUUAAUCAGUUCUCUUUUUUUUUUUGUAGGCUUUCUUCUACUUGCUUUUUUGGUGGAUUUUGCCGUGCCUUGUAGUGAAGACUGCCCGAGAAGUCAUCCGCUCUCUGUACACUCUUCAAGAUUCAUUAUGGGUAUCCGUCGCUACCUUGGUGGCUUCAAUCGUUUCAUGGACCUAUUUGACGACAAUCUUUCUGUCCGCCUGCGCUCUGUUCAACCUGGUGUGCAAUUUUCAAGUCAUCCACUUUGAGGAAUUUGGCAGACUCUUCGAGAGAGAUGUAGACGUAAUGCAUUUCCUGGAAGAGCACGUCUGCCUCCAUUAUUAUCUCUCUAGGAUUAGCCACAGGUUUCGUAUAUAUCUUCUCUUAAUCUUCCUGUUUAUCUCAGCAAGCCAAGUCGUGACCCUCUUUCAGACCACGGGAUACAGUGGCAAAGUCAACUUCACUAAUGCUGGGGACUUCGCUGUGAGUCUCCCAAUUUGUAUAAUAUUUAUUCAAAUAAAUAAUUAAAUUUUAAUUUAUCUAUUUAUUCAUUUAUUUAUCUGGUCUGUCAUUUGAUUCUGACAGGUAUCCUCAGUUGUCCAGGUUGUCGGUAUAAUUCUCUGCUUGCAUUCAGCAUCAAAAAUAUCCCACAAAGCCCAAGCCAUUGCAUCGCUAGCCAGCAAAUGGCACGCCAUGAUAACAUGCACCUCUAUUGAUCCGUCUCAACUAGGACUCACAAAUGGCUUUGGCAAUUCGCAGGCUAUGCCAUCUGGUUUACUAGUGAUGAACUAUCCUGAAAGCGAUUUGGAGUCGUCGGACAAUGCUGUGGUGCAAACGAAUGCUCAAAUGGCUUUCUAUCUGUCUUCAUACCACAAGAGGCAGUCCCUGGGUAUGUGUGCCAAACACUAAUCAUUCUCCCACGUCUAAAUUUCUCUCUUUUUAGUCGUUAUAAUUGUAUUAUUUUUUAAUUUAUUGGGCUUAAAGUUUAUGACAUUGCUCCAACAUUAUUGUAAAAGUUUACUUGCUUAUCACAAGCAAGGAUUGACUUCGUCAUCAAUCCAUGAAAACCAAACCUCUCUCUCUCACACACACACAAGAUCGCUGGCUUUCUCACUCUCUGCUGUUGAUAACAACAGUACUCUGGAGUUAGACCCCUCUGGGUCGUGCUAGUCCUGAGGGAUUUCCAUGAUCAACUGCCCUAUGCAUGAACUAUUUUGAAUUGAAAGAGCAUGCAAUUAUGUUUUAUUUUAUUUUUACGAGCGACUUUCCAGGCUUCCAUUCCUUGCAUUGUCUUCAAUUCUCACUGCUGCUGCUGACUCCAACUGUGCCUGCAGUGACAUAUUUGCAGGGCAACCCUGGCGGAAUAACCAUUUUUGGAUGGACCGUAGACCGAGGAUUGAUCAAUACGAUAUUCUUCAUCGAGCUCUCCCUCGUCCUCUUCGUACUGGGGAAAACCAUAGUCUUCUCCACCAAGUAA